AUGGCAGAAAUCAGCAUUGCAGACGGGAUUGAGCGCAGCUCCUCCAGUAACCUUUUGGAAGGAGGGGCGGAUCCUGUACUGUUUGUACAGAUGAGCACCCACGUCAAUGUGGCGGAAUCGGUUCACGCGGUUCACAUGCCAACCUCGAACGAAGAUCUUGGUGUUUGCGGCAUUCUGCUUGCAUCAGCCAUGCUGUUGAUGUUGAUCUAUUGUUGCAGCUUGUGCGUGGAAUGGCCAAAGUGCAAGUCCGAUGUGUACAGUGCAUACGUUGGCUCAUCGGCGGUGCUGCAGAACAUAUUCAUAACUUUUCUCAUUCCAGACACCCUGAAGGUCGCAGAAUUGUUUCAUCGGGGGCCGAGUUAUGCAGGGAUGGUGGCGGCCGUCUCUUUCCUUGGCACAGGGGUGGGUUCCUUUCUGGCGCAGACCGGGAAGAUGGAACUGCCAGAUUGUACUUCCACUGUCAACCUUUUCACGUUUGGUGUCAUGCUUUCCAAUGCUGCGUUUGCCAUGGAGCUUGAGCUGGGGACAUUGGCUGCGAGCGACAAGUACUUGAAUUCCUCGUUGCUCUUGCUGUUCCGCGGGGUUGGUGGCACUAUUAGCGGAAUUUGUUUUGUUCUGUGCCACCCCAUCUUUCUGGAGUUGGGCAGGGAAUCCGAACGAUUCCACAGGGGCAGUCGCAUCACAGUGUAUUUUCUUACAGGCCUCGGAUUAGGCCCAAUGAUUGUACCCGUGGCCAACAGGUUAAGCUCAGGGCUCAGCACUUCGAGUUUUCUUGUGACUUCAAUGUUUGCAUUGCACUUCUGCGUUGGUUUGUUGCUUUCCUGGGGCGACUUCGGCCAGCUUCGAAGCUCAAGUGCUGCGACGGCAGAGAGCCCAGCGAGCUCCGGGACGUCCCGAUUUUAUCGUAUCAUUGUGGGCUGCUUGCUGGUCGAAGGGACACGGACUUUCGUCACCGGAGGGCUAGAAAUUGGGAACUCCAUAAUACUUGAAGCUCUCAUGUGCUGGGACACAGCACAAGCUGGAGCUGUGAUUGGAGUUCCGAUCCUGAUGACACCGCUCGUCCUCCGGUUGGUGCGCGCUCUGGAAGGAGCAUUUUCCACCACGGUGCUGAUCAGAGCGUUGCUGUUGCAGGCGCUAUUGAGCUGCUUGCUCAUGUUCAAUUUCCGCAGUGGAUUUCAAGGCUUCACUAUGGCAACAGAAGCUGGAUGCACGGCAGGCCGGGCCUGGCAAGGCAUCAUCCUUCUGCUUGGCGCCUCCAUUGUGUUUCCAAGUGCCACUGCCGCACAAGCGCUGGUCAUGGGCUUGCUCUACAAGACAGCAGCAUCGGCGGGAAAGGAUUCCAUGUUCGGCGUUCGUGGCUGCGCCUUUGCAAUUAGUCUCAUUGGAAGCAUCUUCAAGUUCCUCGGGCAGUGGACAACACCAAUCGUUAUCUCAAAAGCUGGACAGAAUGUCUUUGCUAUUGAACAAAUAGUCCUGCUCUCGGUUUUCUUGUUGAUCUCAGAGAUGAUGUUGCCAGACCCGCGCUCAAAGGAGGAAGCGGGUGCGGAGACAUGCGAAGACGAGUAG